UCUUGAGAGGAACCUCUGGACUCAGGUGCUGGCUAUGUCCCAAUUGGUGGAAUGUGUCCCCAACUUCUCAGAGGGGAACAACCAGGAGGUGAUCGAUGCCAUUUCUCGAGCCAUCUCCCAGACCCCAGGCUGUGUGCUGUUGGACGUUGAUGCUGGACCCUCUACCAACCGCACUGUCUACACUUUCGUGGGGCAGCCCGAGUGUGUGGUCGAGGGAGCCCUCAAUGCUGCGCGUACGGCCUCGCAGCUCAUCGACAUGAGCAAGCACAAGGGCGAGCACCCUCGAAUGGGUGCUCUGGAUGUGUGUCCCUUCAUCCCUGUGAGGGAUGUCAGCAUGGAGGAGUGUGUGCUCUGUGCCAAGGCAUUUGGGCAGCGGCUGGCAGAGGAGCUUAAGGUCCCAGUGUAUCUCUAUGGUGAGGCAGCUCAGACACCCAGUCGUCAGACCCUGCCGGCCAUCCGGGCUGGAGAGUAUGAGGCCCUGCCUGAGAAGCUCAAACAGGCCGAGUGGGUGCCUGACUUUGGCCCCAGCUCCUUUGUCCCCAGUUGGGGCGCCACUGUCACAGGUGCACGGAAGUUCCUCAUUGCGUUCAAUAUCAACCUGCUAAGCACCAAGGAACAGGCCCACCGCAUUGCUCUAAACCUGCGGGAGCAGGGCAGAGGGAAAGAACAGCCUGGACGUCUGAAAAAAGUUCAGGGCAUCGGCUGGUACCUGGAAGAGAAGAACCUGGCUCAGGUAUCCACAAACCUCCUGGACUUUGAGGUCACGGCUCUGCACACAGUGUAUGAGGAGGCCCGCAGAGAGGCUCAGGAGCUGAAUCUCCCAGUGGUGGGCUCGCAGCUGGUGGGCCUGGUGCCUCUGAAGGCCUUACUGGAUGCCGCAGCCUUCUACUGCGACAGGGAGAAGUUGUUUAUUCUGGAGGAAGAGCACCGGAUACGGCUGGUGGUGAACCGGCUGGGCCUGGAUUCCCUGGCGCCCUUCGACCCAAAGGAGCGGGUCAUCGAGUACCUGGUCCCCUCUAGUGGACCAGAACAAAGCCUGCUGGACACCUCACUGCGUACUUUUGUUCGGGAGGUGGGAGCCCGCUCUGCUGCCCCAGGAGGAGGUUCUGUAGCAGCAGCUGUUGCAGCUCUGGGUGCAGCCCUGGCUUCUAUGGUAGGCCAGAUGACCUAUGGACGGCGCCAGUUUGAUCACCUGGAUUCCACAAUGCGACGCCUGAUCCCGCCCUUCCACGCAGCAUCUGCCCAGCUGACUUCGUUGGUGGAUGCUGAUGCCCAGGCAUUCGCUGCCUGUUUGGACGCAAUAAAGCUGCCCAAGAACACGCCUGAAGAGAGGGACAGGCGUGCGUGUGCUCUGCAGGAGGGGCUGAGAGAGGCGGUCGCUGUGCCACUGAAACUGGCUGAGACUGUGUCCCAGCUAUGGCCAGCGCUGCAGGAGCUGGCCCACUGUGGGAACCUGUCCUGCUUGUCUGACCUGCAGGUGGCAGCCAAAGCCUUGGAGACAGGUGUGUUUGGUGCGUACUUCAACGUGCUCAUCAACCUGAAGGACAUGACGGAUGAUGUAUUUAAAGAGAAGACACGCCAUCGAAUCUCCAGCCUUCUGCAAGAAGCCAAGACCCAGGCUGCACUGGUGCUGGGUAGCCUAGAAACCCGGAAGGAGUGAAGAGUCCGCCCCCAGUGAAUGGUCCAACGUCCAGUAUUCCUCACCUAUCUUAAGUGGUCCAAGUGUUGCUUGGGAAGACGAGUCAGCCAUGACAUCCACAGGGCCAAGUUGGGACUUUACUCACAGCUGUCUAUGCAGGAUCAGAAGAUGCGACAGGGGUUGUUUGGGGUAGGGUGUGGUAGGGCCUGACUGGUGGUGGUGUCCUGACACCCUCUGUUAUCUAUGGCUUCUAGUAAAUUCUGAACACAAA